CCUACUUGAGUGAGGAUGUCAAAGACUAUAUGAACGUAAAGAAACGUUUAUGGAAAGACAUACAUCAGUUAUCAAUGGAGAGCAGCGCCACUACCGUAAUGAAGAUAUGGACCGGUGAAUUUGGUAUGAGACAGCUGAGCACGUACCAGGCAGUGACUGGCCCGAUCACCUGGAGAAAGCAGACGACAAUAUCAGAUGUGCCCAGUACCUACUUGAGUGAGGAUGUCAAAGACUAUAUGAACGUAAAGAAACGUUUAUGGAAAGACAUACAUCAGUUAUCAAUGGAGAGCAGCGCCACUACCGUAAUGAAGAUAUGGACCGGUGAAUUUGGUAUGAGGUAUCUGGUAUUUAUAUUAUUUUAAGACAGGCUAGAACUUCUUAACACUUUCCCAUAACACAGACAUUUAGGGAUGGGAUGUUUGUGGCGGUUAGUAUUAUAACAUAGUUCAUCCCAACCCUCUCGGCAGUGCCAAGUUCUAUCCGGUUGGUUCUGAGUCCAAUGGAUGCUUUCAAGUUAGAGUCAACUGACCUGCAGAUCGCAUUUCCGCGUGCCAACAACUGGACGAACAUGUGCUACUGUUUGAU